GUGAUGGCGGAAGUGGCUCUGCUGCUACCCGUGAUGGCGGAAGUGCUGGAGGAGAAGAUGAAGCCUGACCCGGAGCGUUGUCGCUAUCCGCAUUGUAUAGUAUGGACCCCAAUACCCGUUUUAACAUGGUUAUUUCCAUUCAUUGGCCACAUGGGAAUUUGUACAUCAUCAGGAGUGAUCAGAGACUUCGCUGGACCAUACUAUGUGUCUGAGGACUGCAUGGCCUUUGGAAAACCAGUAAAGUACUGGCAACUGGAUCCCAGUCUCAUUCGUGCCAAUGGUUCAAAUCCAUGGGACACAGCUGUUAAUGAUGCAUCUGAGGAAUAUAAGCAUCACAUGCACAACUUGUGUUGUGAUAACUGUCACUCACACGUUGCUCUGGCUCUGAACCUAAUGAAAUACAACAACACCUCCUGGAACAUGGUAAAGCUGUGUAUUUUAUGCCUUGUAUACAGCAGAUAUGUUAGCUUUGGUGCAUUCCUGAAGACCUGGAUCCCUUUCAUCUUACUGGCUGGAGCAGUGGUGACAGUAAUACUCACUUUGCAUCUGCGAUGAGGCAGUGAACUUAUCUGGAAUAGGGCACCAGCUCAAGUCCCAAGAUACUUGUAAUGUCACACUCUGGAACUAAGGGUGAUCUCAAAGAGAGGUCAAUGCCUUGCCAUUAUGGAGUCCCCUGAUAACCACCACUCGUAGAGUCAUUCAUAGAGACUUGCAUGGAAUAUUAUGGCAAAUGUGUUCCUCCUGUUUUAUUUUGUUGCUCACACAGACGGUACCAUUCCUAUUGAUCAGUGAACUGUAGGGUACUGUCUAACUUCUCAUCUGUUACUGAUAAAAAAAAAGAACAGUUUGUGUCAUGUCAUGCCCAUAUAUACGCCCAGUUCAGUAAGUGGUAUGCAGUCCUGAAAAUUGCCUCAUACUGAAUACCUGCCUCUAGAAUAUAGAUCGGCUUGCAGGGUUACUUCUGAAUAUGUACAAAUAAAUUCUGUUUUAAAAAACCAUUCAA